AUGGAAGUCCUUUCUCCAGCAGCACUCGGCAGCAGACAAUCAAGACGGUCCAGACUCAAGAAAACACUUCGCCAGCAUACCAGCCAGCCCAACCUUUUCCCCAAAAAGCCCAAUAUGAAGUCUUUCACGGCCGUUUCUGUCCUCGCCACCGCCCUCGUGGCCCUCGCGCCCGGCGCCUCGGCGGCCGAAUGCUACGGCUCGGCAUCUUUUGGCACGGUGGGGGAUUACCAGACGGCUGCGUCGGGCGUCUGCCGCGGCAGCGAGAGCUACCGCCUGGAGACCGACUGCCAGCGCGGCCCGGUCGGCGGCCAGUGCUGCACCGUUCACGAGGCCUCGUUCAAGGGUACCCGCGGUCGUCGCGACUACUGCUGGGACGCUUUCAACAACAUCAUCAACCAGUGCGUGGAGAAGAAGAACCGCAACGGCGGCGAGUGGACCUGGUCUUCGGGAGGUCUCACUCAGAACUACUACAUUCAGUCCAACCGGGUCUGCAAGAGCAAGCGCGAGGUUCAGCACAAUGCCAUCAAUGGCAUCGUCUCUGACGGCGGCGCCUACAACGCCACCUCGGAUGCCACUACCGUUGGGGCUGAAGAGUCAAAGUAG